GAGUUUUCUAGUCUGUGCACCAAGUUAACAUCCAUGUUGUUUCUCGUUUCAAGAGAAGGCGAGGGAAAGAGAGCGAGAGUCGUGAGUAACAAUAAGUCGUGGGAGACAAGAGGUCGUGAGUGGAUUCGUCGAUGAGAGUUGUUUGUUCUACCAUGCUUCUUUCUUGUGUCCUGGAAGAAUGAGAGUUCGAGAUGCAGGUUGAGGUGUGUAUCGUGACUAGAAAUACUCCUUUGCGCGAAGAUGAAGGAAACGAAGUACAAUUCGUAUACCCGCAAAAGACAGGUCGUUGGGGACAAACUUCUUGGCAGCCUCCUCCGUUUGCUGAGUCUAAAAGUUAUAUCAUUGAUACCCCUGGAGUGGGUACAUUCAUUCAUUACCGUGUUCCUGUUCGUGAUAUUAAUACUGCAUUUACUCAUAGCACUCUUGCUACAUGGCACAUCUUAGACGUGUAUCAUACUGCUACCUUUCGUGUAUUAGACAGAUCAGACUACUAAAUGUGAACCUUAGUGUCAGUAGGAAGUUCAAGUCGAAUCUAUCAGUUCGAACAUUUUCUUAAAGUCAAAUUGAUUGGAAUUCCUUGCUGUACUUGAAUUUAGUCGUUGAAUCCCCAUGGAGUAAAAGGAACAAGCAGCAUGGGCCAAACUAGCAGCAGCAGUUACGACCCACAGGUCGUCAUCGUGCGUCAGGAAGGAGGCUGCACCGGCGGGCAGUGCGUGGACCCUUGUGGCCCGCCAAGAUUUGAAGUGGAUCCGAACCGUGUGGACCCAAGACUCUUUCAAGCAGGACUGAGACCCCAGGUUUACCAAGAGGUGAUCGGCAGAAUCAAUAGCAAGUUUGCGUCGCGCACGUGCAUCACGUCGCACCGGCAAUGGUUUAUCUGGAUCGUGGGCUCCGUUACAGGAAUGGUCUUUUUCGCGAUGAUAAGGGAAGAGCGCGUGGAGUGUGAUGUGUCCGCAACGUGCGAACUGAACCUGGAUAGGAGAGGAUACGUCGCGCCAGCUGGGGAGUCAGCCGACAACCCGAAGUCAUGCUGCGCGUACUAUAACUUGCUAUGUGCCGCUUGUAUCACGAUACGCCUCCCAGAAGGGAAAUACUAUAAGCAUAUUAUUUUGGGUUCUACCUGGGUGGGGUAUAAUUCGAAUGCGCAACGUCUCAGUGUCAGUGUUUCUCUCACUCUCUACUAGAUGAGAGGGAUUUAGAAAUUUCGGACCUUACAAACAUUACGCAUCCACGUGGUAUUGCUUUCUGAAUAGGUACUACUGCUGCGACGGCGAGCCAUCAGAGCGUCUACUGGAAGAGUCAGCGUCUCAGGUAACAAAGAGAAGUAGGCUAGCGCGCGCGUUCAACCGUCGACCGAUGGGACAUGCUGUUGCUAGUGGCAGUUGGAUGCAAAGAGAGCGACGUCAAGCGGCCAUGGAUGGACAGGCGACUGACUUUUCGGAGACACGCGAAGUUUUAGACCAGGUCGUUUCCUUCCGCGGCCUCUCUGUAGACGUGACGACACCUGCACAGUGCAAGGUACACGAAAAAACGGAACGGAGCAAAUGCUUCUGUGAAAAGGGUCGCAACAAGAAAAAAGAGCAAUGCGGUGGCACAACAAAGAUUUUAGGUACAAUGGAGAGCCUGAAAAUCUGAAUAGGAUCUAUUCUGCAUCUCAUGAAAGACGGAAAAAUUAUACCAGAAAGCGAGGUAACAUCUGCAUGUACUUAAUUUUUUUCUCCCAUGUUGUAUCAUGACUUGACAUCAGGGCCGCAUACUAAACACGAUGCCGUGAUCUGGCCUUUGGCUUUAGCGAUCCUAUUCAAUUUGGUCUUCGUUGGCGUCCCCGGAAUGUGGUUCAUAUGUUUUAUGUGCGGUAUGAAGCAAACAAUUCCGGAAUCCCUGAAUAAAGCGUUCAACGAACAACCCAUACCUGCAAAUGGCCAAUUCCACGUUACAUAUGAGCCAGGAGGAAAACACUCGCAAGCUUAUAUCAAGAUCCGGCUACCCGUCUCCUUCGCGAGUCAGUCGCCUAUGGUACUGUAGAUACUCAUCUGGUAUUCUUGUGCUCCACGCACUUGAUUGCAUUUUUUUUACGACGAAGAUCGUAGGCACCAGAUAAGUAGAUGAAAAAUCUCAAAUCUUUUACCGUAGGUCGGGCAGCCUGUCCAAGCGCAACCGAUUUCGGGGCAGAUUAUGCAAGGCCUGGAUCCUGCUAGUGGAAAAGUUAACUAUUACCAAAUGCAGCCCAAUGCCAAUGGGCAGCUUGUCCCCGUUCAGCUGAGCGCUGAGCAGGCGCAACAGAUAGGUCUCAACCCUGCGGCCGUACCUUCAAGUGCGCCUAUGGAACAACCAAAUGACUACGGUUAUUCGGCAGCUGACUAUGGUCGGAAAUAGUGCAAGCACGCGCAACCACGGAAGGCGCUGCAUCGGAAAGUCCCUAUCGGGAGUUAGAACGGAUGAAGUAGCACAGUCUUUUGGAGUCUCUAUCGUCAGAACUCGCGAUGGUUUUCGUUUCGGAUUUCUGGAUGUAAAAAUCGUCUCGCAGUGCUGAGGCAGAAGCAAGAGUAUGCAUUGAUUUAGCAAGACGGUUUUUCCGAAUGCAGUUCCUGCUGAAGUGUAACUCAAGUUAGUACUUCGUGGUUCCUUCUUUAAUUCGAUUCCUGCCUAACCUUCGGUAUUGCGGACACCCCAUUUCUUUGUCUCACGCGGGCACAUGCACGUUUUUUUGAAUUCGGAUUAUACCAAUUAUCUGCAUACUCAUGAUCGCCCCAUCGUGUGCAUAACCUUAUUCCUUUCAUAAUAAAAGUUCCACCUCCUCUUUCAUAAAAGCUCGCCAUGCGGGGACACCUUUAAUGCGAAAUAUCCCCAGCUGUAAUCGCCCCAUUCCCUUGAUGCAUGCAAUGAGUAUGAAAGCUUGUUUAGACCUAGUAAUUCCAACACUGCGUCUUUCAUCUUGAUGUUGUUUCUAAAAAAUAAGUCUAUGUAUGUUCACCUUCGGACUUCGUUCCCUUUUUCGUAGUCGUGGGGUGUUUCAUGCCUUGCAUUGAGAUGCUGUAUAAGUAGAGCUACUGCAAAUAGGACUAGUACAAGUUUCAUGACUGGUAAUGCAAAGUAGAGACAGAGAUGUGACCAUCGCACCCCGAGCAUCUCACACGCGGUCUGACUAUUACUACUAUAGUCGAUCGACGCAUUACAACAUCAUGUCGAAUUCAACAUAGUGCCUUUUGCAAGCUUACAGUCCAGAAAGUGAUCAAACCGAAAUGCAUGGAUAGUCUCAUGAUAUCGCAGUUAUUGCCGCACAAAUUGGCUCAUCACGGCCAAAAAAGUAUCUAUAUAAUCGGUACUCGUUGUUCUCUCCCGAUGGAAAAAGAGGAC